UUUGUCUGUGUGCGUGUGAGUUUGAUUCAGGCGCUGAUGGGGGCAGCCGCGGCGGCGGGGUCCUUCAGCAGAAGUCGCACACAGCCGCGCGCGCUGCUGUCGUUUCUGUCGAUAAACUGAUUUAAACUGUCAAUUGUUUGUGUUUCGCCGUUGUUUAUCGAUCAUUUGCGUGGAGAAGCGCGUUUAGAUUCUCCACCAUGGCUCCUACAAUACAGACGCAGGCGCAGCGCGAGGACGGACACCGGACUUCAGCUCACAGAAGCGUCCCAGAGAGGUCUGGCGUCGUGUGCAGAGUGAAGUAUGGAAACAGUCUCCCGGAUAUCCCCUUCGAUCCGAAGUUCAUCACGUAUCCGUUUGACCAGCACAGGUUUGUGCAGUAUAAAGCCACAUCACUAGAGAAACAGCACAAACACGAGCUGCUCACCGAGCCUGAUCUGGGCGUCACCAUCGACCUCAUCAACCCUGACACGUACCGCAUCGACCCCAGCAGUGAGUCCGAACACACACCCCACAGUUAUUACAUGAAAUACUUCAUAAAUGAGGACACGAUGCGCAAACGCAAGAGAGACGUGGACGAGGAUUUGGAGUACAUGCCUGAUGAAGUGGUGCGUCUGAGCAAGCGGCGAGCGAAGGUCGGCGCUCCGUCAUCUACGAACGCUGUGCUGGUGUGCAAACACAGAGACAUGAACGAGAAGGAGCUGGAGGCUCAGGAGGCUCGCAAGGCUCAGCUGGAGAAUCAUGAGCCCGAGGAUGAAGAGGAGGAGCUGGACAUGAUGAAAGACCUGCAGGACUCUGGCGAGGAGCGCGAGAAAGCCAGCGACUCGGACAACUCUGAGAGCGAGUCUGAGCGUGAGGAUGAGGAGCGUCCCGCGGAUGAAGAGGAGGAGGAGGAUGAGGAGAGCAGCAAGAGGCGUGAGAGGAAGAGCAGCGGCAGCGAGAGCGGCGAGGACCGGCAGGCGCGAGACGAGGAGGAGAUCUUCGGCAGUGAUGACGACAGUGAGGAUGAUGAGGGUGAGCGCGCGAGGAGCAACAGCAGCAGCGUCAAGCACAGCGGCAGCGAGAGAGCGUCUGACUCCAGCGACGCCAGCGACAGCGAAUGACCAGCAGCUCGUGCUGUUUCCUGUUCCUGUUCGCUCCUCUGAACUCUGGUUUCAUCAGUCUCAUGUCCAGCUCUCUCUUAAUCCCAAUGAAAUCACAUGAGAUCGACACAGACGUGUGAGUGCACUGCAAAAAAAGCUUAUUUUACUUAGUAUUUUUGUCUUGUUUCUAGUAAAAUUAUCUGAAAAUUCUUAAAUUACGAUGCAUUCACUAGAUAAGCACAAUGACGUAAGAUAUUUAGUCUUGUUUCCAGGGG